CCCCCGGCACCCGCCAUGACCCCACUUGCCUCAGCCAAGACCCCAGAGCCCCUGGCAUCAUCUCAGACCCCAGCAAGAGCGAGUGAUGGAGCUGUCAUCACACAGCAGCUGUGGGAGCAGGGCGGGUGGGGCAGGAUGCCGGGGUGGGGUGGGUGGAGCCAGGGCCACUUCCUUUCCCCCUGGGGCCCAUCUGCCCAGUCCUGCCCCAGCCUCAGGAGGAGUUGGAGUGGUCUGGUCCCAGCCCUGUGCCCUCAUCAAGUGAGCUGCUUCCCCUCCCUCAGGUCUCUGCUCCUGCUCACGCCUGUGGCCAUGGGAAUGAUCCUGCUUCUCCUCCUCUUUGGGGGCGUCUGGACCCAAGAGAUGAACCCAGAGCUUGUGGACAUCGCGACCACUUUGGGGAUGUCUGCACCCACAAGACCCUCUGCUUCUUUGACCCCAACUUUCUCUGAGCCCCCAAACUUCAGCGUAGUGACUCCCGGUCCUGCAACAGCCAGGGUCCGCGAGGAGAGCAACGGCACCGGGCCCCAGAUCUCCCCACCUUCUUCAGCUUCCUAUACAGCCAAUGAGGUGUUCUUUCUCGGGGCGUCCACUACUGCGGGUGGUGACCUCCAUGUACCUGAGCCAUCGGUCUCUGGGGAAGUUGCCACCAAGAAGUCAUCAAACCUGGAAACUAAUGCUCAAUCACUAGAAGACUUUCUGGAACUUCACAUUAUGACUGAUGGAACCACGGUAACUGGCUCUCUGGAGACCUCUGAUGUCACCAGGGGGCCCUCCGCCACCAUGGCGACUGGCCCUCCAGAGACCUCUGAUGUCACCUGGGGACCCUCCGUCACCAUGGCGACUGGCCCUCCGGAGACCUCUGAUGUCACCAGGGGGCCCUCCGCCACCAUGGCGACUGGCCCUCCGGAGACCUCUGAUGUCACCUGGGGACCCUCCGUCACCAUGGCGACUGGCCCUCCGGAGACCUCUGAUGUCACCUGGGGACCCUCCGCCACCAUGACGACUGGCUCUCCGGAGACCUCUGAUGUCACCUGGGGACCCUCCGCCAUGGCCACUGGCCCUCCGGAGACCUCUGAUGUCGCCAGGGGACCCUCUGCCACCAUGGCGACUGGCUCUCUGAAGACCUCUGAUGUAGCCAGUGUAACCCCUCUCACCAUGUCAACUGGCUUUCUGGCGAGCCCUAAGGGGCCCAGUGGCUUCCCCACCUCCUCGGCAAAAGCAACCCCCAUUUCUACAGGCACAGUUAGUAGGCAUCCCUCAUUAGUUCCCAAGAAAAAUGGCACCCUGCUGGUGGCUGUGCUUGUGGCCCUGGUGGUGUUCACAAUCCUUGUGACCCUACUCCUGCUGUGGCGCCGGCGGCAGAAGAGGAGGACAGGGGCCCUGAUACUAAGCAGGGGAGGAAAGCGCAACGGGGUAGUAGAUGCCUGGGCUGGGCCGGCCCAGGUGUCUGACGAGGAGGCCCUGACAGCAGCAGCAGGCGGGUCUGGGGGCGGGAAGGGCCCCGGGGUCUCCGAGGGGGAAGCGUCUGGCCGGCAGCCCACACUCACCACUUUCUUCGAUAGACGCAAGUCGCAACCGGGCUCCUUGGAGCUGGAGGAGCUGAAGGCCAGGCCGCCCCCCGUCCUAAACGGGGAGGAGGAGCCGCUGGUGGGCAGCAAGGAUGAGGCUGUGGAGGCCUCUGCUUCCCAGGGGCCAGAGGCCGGAGAUGUGGAGGCCCCUCAGUGCUUGUGAAAAACAGGAGCGCAGGUCAGAAUGGCUCCCGGCCUUCACCACCUUCCCUCGUAUCAUCGCCUCCAGCUUCCUUGUCACGCAGCAUCGUCUGGGUCCUCACCCGGUAUGUUCAUCCCGAGCCCUCAUCCGGCUUCUCAACCCCAGGUCUCCCAGCCGGCACCCACAGCCCCGGAACCAACAGACUUUCGUCAUCGAUCCCAACUGGUCCUCAUCACCCUCUUCUCCGCGUUUUUGUCCUUGAAAUCAGCUGCUGAGUCUCCACAAUGCCAAACUUCCUUGGCCAAUGCCUUCUCAGAGGACUCCCCAGGGACACCGGAGUCUAGGAAGGAAGAUGGGGACAACCCAGCAAACUCUCGCCGAGGAUUGCUCUGGAAAGUGCUUUUGGCCCCAUAGAUUAGGACAGUCCUACCGGCUCAGCCCACGAACUUGACACUGCGCAGUGCUCCGUGCCCAGCUACUGGCCCCCAGAGCAGGGACUGGGGGUGGGGGUGGGGGGGCAUCACCUAGCUGUGCUCUCGGAUCCUAGGCUGGCGCCUGGCCCACACUCCCCACCCCCUACCUGUGGAUUGAGGUGGCAGCUCCUUCUCUUCCCCGGGGCAGAGGUGAGAAAAGUUUCCUGGCCGGUGUAGUCCUCCAGAAACCCUGGCACCCGCGUGUGUCCUGUCACGGGCGCAGCUUGCGUACAAGAGGCCAGGCCUUGGCUGCGUUUGUGCAGGUGGCGGUGAGUAGGGCCGGCGUGUGGAGGGGAUGGGAGCUGCCAAUCCGAGGAGCCCUUGAGAACAUCUGUGUCCUCAUCUUGGUUCAGGUGGGGUGGAGGCGGCAGAAGAUUUAGCCAUGUCUGUAGCCCAAUAAAGAGCGUGGGGCUUGAUGGACUGCAUGUGUGAUUCUUCAGCUCAGCCGCUGUUUCCCGUGCCCAGAGCCUCCCCUACUCCAGCUGGCUUGCUCCCAAGGCAGAGGAGAGGAGAGCUGGGGGGGCGGGGGGGGGGGUGCUGUUACCCGUUUAAUGUGGAUUUUAACGUUUUAAUUAUUUGAGAGAGAGAGUGCAGGAGGCAGAGACGGAGGGAGAGGGGGAGAAUCCCAAGCAGGCCCUGCACUAGCCCAGUGCAGGCCUCAAACGCGGGGAGCGUGAGAUCAUGAGAUCGAUCGUGACCUGAGCCGAAAUCAAGAGUCGAGAACACUCAACUGACUGAGCCAGCCAGGCGGCCCUCGUUUAAUGUGUUUGUAUCUCCUCUUCCACUGGGGGCGGGCUCCUUCCCUUCUCUGAGAAAAGUCCGUGAGACUGACAGGCCCAUAGACGCUGGAGCUUCCCCUGCGGUUCUGGGAUGGGAUGGUUGGGAGCGGGAAGAAGACCCCACCCCAGGCCAGAGCCCAAGGGGCCACAGGGCGCCAGAGAUAGUCGGUAUUUCCCCAGGACAAAGAGGAAAUUUGCAAAGAGGAAGUUGUUGAGUCAGAGGGUGCAGUGGCUGAGAGGAGACAGGUUGACCCACAGAAAGGCCCUUGGGAAGUUGAGUGUGUGACUGCCCGUGGCCUGACCUUGAGGGGAGGGGAACAGCUCAGGGGUGCAUCUGUUCCUGUGGUGAGGGGAGGGGAGGGGAGGGGAGAGAAGGGACAGAAAGUGGCCACGGAAGAUGGGGGUAGAAAGUGACCAUGGGUCCACUUGGCCACCGUGGCUUGCACCACCUGUGCUUGGACUGGGGACAGGCUGAGCUGGGACGAAUGCAGCCCUCGCCAGUCAUGCCGCCAUGGCUGGGUGGAAGGUGUUUGCCAGGCUGAAAAGGGGGGAAAGGCCCCCUCAGCAGAGGGGGCAGUAAACGCAAAGUUGCCAUAAGGGCCGUGUGACUAUGGCGCACGUUGGAAUGGGUGCAGCAGAUACUAUAAGACCAAAAGGAGGCCAGGGUGGGGUGGGGAGAGAAACAAAAGAGAGAAUUAUCAAGUGUGGUAAUGAAAGGGCCAAACAUACCGAGUACGAAAAUGUUUGUAAAUGGCUUAUUACACCAUGUGCUCCAAAACUAUGCAAUAAAACGUCUAUAAUAUAAUGUCA